AUGCCCUUGGGUAGUGGGAGCGUUGCAAUUCCAGAUUAUCGAGAUCAUCCUCUCCUUGGUGAUCCCAUUACAGAUGAUCCAAUUCGAAGCGGGCCCCUUUUCGAAGCAUCAUGGACACAUGCCCUUCAUUGCGUGAGUACUGAAGCUCCAAAGCCAAGUGUCGCAAGUAUCAACCAACUAACUGCUCUCGAGUUGUACUAUUCUGUUGACAGCUAUCACCAACUGAUUGUCAAUGGUCGAACGGAUGACGAUAAUCCGACUCAUGCUGGUCACUGCUUUGAAUAUCUGAGGAACAGCAUUCUCUGCAACCUUGACAUGACACUCGAGGGUUCCAUGUCGACGCCCGACGAUCAUGAGAGAGGUCAACCACAUGUCUGCCGGAAUCGCGAACAUGCCAUUGCAUGGAUAGAGGCAAGGCGUGUGGAUGACUUACAAGACAUUGUUGGACCUUGA